UCGUGGCAAGGCCCCUGCCAGCCUCUCCGCCCGUAGCGCUCUGUGACCCUCGCACGGCGGCUGUUACGUUCCCGGUUGAGCUUUCGGGGGGGGCUCUUCGGCCGCGUCUCCACUGGGCCGGGAUUUGCCCCUUCGGGCUGGGAGCUGCGUUUUCCCGCCUUCAUUCGCAUCGUUCCCUGUGGGCAUAGGAAGGGUCUGAACUCCCCCCGCUUGCCUGUGUAGCCCCGGGGACUAGGGCGAAACAAACAGAAAACCACAAACCCUCUUGUAAACUCACUAUGGAGGUUUGACUUGACUCUCAAAGCGACGGGAGAGUUACAAGUUGGAGUCUAGAAAUAGGAUGCGCAGCAGACCAGGUUUGUGCGUGUUUUGUUACAUAACUUCUCUCUGUCUGCAGAUCACGUCAGUUAAUCCACAUUCAUAUUGUUUGGCUUUUCUUGUUCUACAUCGCCAAGACCGUUGUGCUCUCUGCUGUGUGGCUUUAUCCUGUUUAACUCAGGUGCAGAACAAACAUCAUGAAGGCUGUAAACCAAAUGGUUCUCGGUUACAGAUAAUGUCAUUGAUAAGAGAAAUAGAGAUGGUCUCUACGUAGUUCCUGAGAUCUUAGCUAUUUAACUAUGGAGUCCUCUCCCUCAACUAGGCUUGAAGGGCUUAUUUUUACUCUCAAAGGUUAAUUCUAAAGUGCCAUUGAUGAAGAGGAACUGCCUGACAGUUGCCUUUGACUGGCUGAAUUCUGCAGCAUCGUUUACCCAGGACAUACUCCAAAAUCCAUUUGUUUUCAUCCUUGACGUUGCUUUCCCCAGGGUUAUGGUAGAAUUCUGUUACAAAAGCAAAAACAUAAAGAAGGAACAAUUUGGAAUAUAAACUGAGCAUGAUAGGAUCUUAACCACAAAUUGUUGGACAAGGGGAGAAGAGGAGGUGAAGGAAUGGCGUCCAGAGAGAGGCUGUAUGAACUUUGGAUGCUUUAUUGUAACAAGAAAGACCCAGAUUAUUUGCAGCUCUGGCUGGAUAGUUUUGUUUCUAGCUAUGAACAAUUUCUGGAUGUGGAUUUUGAGAAGCUUCCCACUAGGGUGGAUGAUGUACCUCCAGGAAUAUCACUGCUUCCUGAUAAUAUUCUGCAGGUUCUGAGACUUCAGCUGCUACAAUGUGUCCAAAAAAUGUCAGAUGGACUAGAGGAGGAGCAGCAAGCCCUUUCGCUUUUGCUUGUCAAAUUCUUCAUUAUUCUUUGCAGAAAUCUGGCAAAUGUGGAAGAGAUUGGGACUUGCUCCUACAUUAACCAUAUUAUCACCAUGACUACACUCUACAUUCAGCAGUUAAAAAGUAAAACAAAAGAGAAAGAAAUGGCAGAUCAGUCACCUGUAGAAGAGUUUGUAAGGCAUGCCUUGGCUUUUUGUGAAAGUCUCUAUGAUCCGUAUCGAAACUGGAGGCAACAAAUUGCAGGGCGAAUCCUGAGUAGUGUGGAAAAGAGCAGACAGAAGUAUAAACCUGCCUCCCUCACAGUGGAAUUCAUCCCUUUCUUUUACCAAUGCUUCCAAGAAAGUGAACAUCUCAAGGAAAGCCUGAAGUGUUGCCUGUUACAUCUCUUUGGAGCCAUUGUGGCGGGUGGACAGAGAAAUGCUCUUCAAGCCAUAUCUCCUGCCACCAUGGAAGUCUUGAUGCGUGUUUUGGCAGACUGUGACACCUGGGAUGAUAAGGAUCCUGAGGAAGUGAGCAGGAAGGCUGAGCUGACUCUUAAGUGCCUCACAGAAGUAGUGCAUAUCCUUCUCACCAGUAGUUCAGACCAGCGGCAAGUGGAGACCAGCACCAUACUGGAGAACUAUUUCAAGUUGCUUAAUUCAGACCAUUCAGCAUUGCCCAACUCCAGGAGAUCUAGGCAGUGGGAGAAUAGGUUCAUUGCACUACAGAUCCAAAUGCUGAACACCAUCACAGCCAUGCUAGACUGCACUGAUAGGCCUGUUCUGCAGGCCAUUUUCCUUAAUAGUAACUGCUUUGAGCAUCUCAUCCGACUACUGCAGAAUUGCAAGCUGUUUUUAAAUGCUAACAAUAAGGUGGCAGACAAGAGUGAAAAAGACCUUGCCAACAAAUUACUGACAGAAAUGAAUGAGGAUCAGGUGUUUCAGGGAAAACUAGACUCCUUGGCAGUAUCCACCAUUCAAGCCCUUACCGCAGUGUUGCACAAAUCUCCAGCUGCGAAGGAGGUCUUCAAAGAGCGGAUUGGCUAUGCACACAUCUAUGAGGUACUAAAAUCUCUGGGUCAGCCCUCACGAGAGCUGUUAGAAGAACUUAUGAAUAUGGCUGUUGAAGGUGAUCACACGUCUGUUGGAAUUUUGGGCAUUAGUAAUGUACAGCCCUUAUUGCUGCUUAUCCAGUGGCUGCCAGAGUUAGAGUCACAUGACCUGCAGAUCUUCAUCUCAAAUUGGUUGAAGCGAAUUUGCUGUAUUAACAGGCAGAGUCGUGCCACAUGUGUCAAUGCAAACAUGGUCAUCUGUAUCAUUGAGACAUUAAACUUCCACUCUUCUCUCCAUCGUACUUGUGCUGAGAACCUAAUUGCCCUCCAGGGUUCUUUGGGGAGUCAGUCAAUGAGCUCUGGAGAACUGCAUCGACUAAUACGACUCUUGAGGACUAGUAAACCAAAGCAGAUUCACCCGUAUGUCAUCCCUGUGAUGCAUGCAAUUCUGACAAUGGCUCGGAAGCAAGGCCUGGACAGUGCCUUGCAGUAUUUUAAUUUGUCUCCUAGUAUGGCAGGAAUUGCUGUGCCACCUAUUCACAAAUGGCCAGGUUCAGCAUUUUCCUUCAAUGCUUGGCUAUGCCUGGAUCAGGACCAAAUUACACCUGGCGACGGCAGCAGCAAGGGAGGCAAAAGGAAACAACUAUACAGCUUUUUUACAGGAAGUGGGAUAGGUUUCGAGGCCUUUAUUACCUGCUCUGGAGUGUUGGUGGUUGCAGUUUGUACAAAGAGAGAGUAUGCAACAGUAAUGCUGCCAGAUCAUUGUUUUUGUGAUUCCCUCUGGCACAACAUAACUAUUGUUCACGUGCCUGGAAAGAGACCCUUUGGUCAAAGCUUUGUCUACAUCUAUGUCAAUGGACAGCAGAAGAUCUCUGCCCCACUUAGAUUUCCUGCUAUGAAUGAACCUUUUACUUCUUGUUGCAUUGGCUCAGCUGGUCAGAGGACAACCACUCCUCCGCCCUCUCAGAUACCAGACCCUCCCUUCUCCUCUCCCAUUAUGCCUCAUCGAACGUCUCUAGGUGGGAUUCUCUCUCCCGCCAGUUGGGGAGGUCUGCUUGGGAAAUCAGAAGUGGUCACUAAGUUGAUCUCUGCGGGUACCCAGGACAGUGAAUGGGGAUGUCCAACAUCACUGGAGGGCCAACUUGGGUCAGUGAUCCUCUUCCACGAAGCACUGCAGCCUUCUCAGGUGAAAGCUCUGUAUUUGGCAGGUAAGUGGUGGUAGUGGUGGUUGUAUAGAGGUAACACAAACAAGCCCCAGCUGAGGACCCUGUUGUGCUACGUCCUGUACAAAUAGUAUAACAGAAAGAUACAUGCCCCAAAGAACUUAGUCUAAAUACACAGCUUGCAUUGUGCCAAACUAGCAGAUAUGUCCAUAAACUAUGUUGGUUUUUGAAUCAUCCCUUUUGAUAGUAACACGUGUAUGUUAUAAUAGACUUGCUUUGUUUACGCAGAAUCUCCUGGUUUGAGUAAUCUCUGGUUUUGAGUGCUUGCUCAUGUCCAUUCCAUUAUGCGUGUGUGCGUGUUUCAUGCACAAUUGCCAAAAGGUAUUUCCCUAGGAGUACCUGUCAGGUUGGCUGUGGAGCCUCCUGGAGUGCUGCCUUUAUGGGAAUGUGUAUUGGUCCCUGCAACCUGUCGCCUGCUCAGUUCCUCCUUACCACCAUGAUGAUCAUUGGAGUGCUCGAUCUCUUACUUCGCAAGGCAUCCCUAGCUGCUGCUGUUGUAUAGGGUUCCAACUUACUCCUUCUUCGAAUGCAAUAAUUAGCUUUUUAGUCGCUAUCCCCACGGCAUGCAGCAACCCCAGGGGUUUCAGUACAGCAACUCAUGCUGCAAGCCUAUGCCUAGGGGGGACCAGCAUGCUGCUGGCUUAACGUGCCUAGGUGAGGGCCAUCUGACAGAUAAGUGUAGCAUUUGCAAGAGCUAUAAACCCAGAACGAAGUGGGAAAGAGACCAGCAUUUGAAACUCCUGCACUUCAACCCUCUGCAUAGGAAACGGUGCCAAUACCCUCAGUACACAGUGCAUCGACCUCCAUGCGGGAUGCCUUCUCACCAAGGAAGUAGAACCACAAAGAGCACUAGCUCUGCUCUCCAAUAUGGAAGACCAGCUCCUCUGUGCAGUACAAUUCAUCAUCGCUGGUGCUGCACAAGAGAGAGAAAGUGGACCAAGGCUGUUUGUCAAUGGCAGCCUCUAGCGGUUCCCAACCACUAGAUAAGGAACUGCUUGAGGCUUCAGGUCCACAUGGGCCUACACGUUUGUCGUGCAGCACUCCAGGCUGUACCUUCACCCUCUACAGGCCUGGGUAGGCAGAGUGUACAAACCUUUUGGACAGACUGGUCACGUUUCCUACCUCAGUUCUCAAAUCCCUCAACUGGUGGCUUCAAUCUCUGAGGGUCUGUGUGAGAACCCUUUGCCAGCCCUCCCCCUCUCUGCUCAUGGGCACAUUGGAGGCGCACCUGGGCAACAACAGAACUCAGGGCCUGAGGUUGCAAUCAGUGGCCCA